UGUAAUUUUUCAACGUUGGAGAAAUGAAUGACAACAACAUACUUUAGAUAAUGAACAAGUCCUAAAUAGAUAAGAAACGAGGUGAAACGAAGGCAGAGUGUCUUCUCUCGUCAUGUAAAGUAAGAGGCUCAGGACAGCAGCAUGGACAGGCACAACAGCACUACCUCCCGCGGUGUUCCAGUGGUGCUGGUGUGCCUUGGUGCUCUGCUAUUGGGCAAUGUGGUGAUCUACUUGUACCUGGACUCACUGCAGCAGAGCGACGACGGCGAACCCCACCUGACUCCUCAUGGCGCGUGCCCGCCCCGUCACUUUAGGAUGGCCAACAUGAAGAACUGUUCGCCGUGGCUGGAGUGUCCACAGGUGCGCACAGAGGUGCGCAAGUUGAAGAUGAUCGGCCAGGGAGCCGUUAAGCAGGUUUUCCUGUCCGAGUGGAAGGGUCACAAAGUAGCCCUGUCCAAGCUCUCCUCCCCGGAGUACCAGGAGGACUUCCUCCAUGGGCUGUCCAUGCUCCAGGCCCUCCAGGGGUCCCACGUGGUGGUACUGGUAGGCAUGUGUUCAGAGGACAACACCCUGGUCACAGAGUACCAUCCGCUGGGCUCUCUGCUCAGCCUGGUUGCCGUGCUGGCCCAGGAGAGGCACCGUGUACGGGACACCUGGCAGACCCGCCUGCGGCUGGCACUGGACUACGUCGCCAUUCUCCAUUACCUCCACACCAGCCCCGCCGGGACCAGAGUCAUGUGUGACUCCAAUGACCUGGAGAAAACCCUGUCACAGUUCCUGCUGACCAGCGACUUCCACCUGGUGGUCAAUGACCUGGAUGCCCUGCCAGAGGUCGGGGCCCCUGCGGGCUCAUUAGUGAAAUGCGGCCACCGGGAGCUCACCGGGGGAUUUGUGGCCCCAGAGCAGCUGUGGCCCCACGGUGAAGGCCAGCCUUUUGCCGAUGAGCUGAUGCUGGGGUACGAUGAAAAAACAGACAUUUGGAAGAUUCCAGAUGUGACACGUUUCCUGAUGGGGAGGGUAGCAGGAGGUGACGUAGCCCACUUCCACCUCUUUAAGAUCAACGGGGAGUGUAAGAGGAGAGACCCCCAUCUUCGCCCCUCUGCAAUGGACGUCCUGAGCGUGUACAGAUCCGUCUAUGCAACCAUGAUGAGAGACAGUCCCGGUCCUGGUGGCGCCAGAGACAUGCUUUAAUCUCACUUUUUCUUUGUACUGAUAAGAAACUGGACUGUGAAAUAAAAAAUAAAUGUUU